UAAGAAAGCAUGAUUUCCGAUCAAGGAAUAGCAAUCAAAUUCGUUCUUGUUAUUCUUUUAUAUGUGUUUGUUUCCGGAGAUGAAGAAGUGAGAUGCAUAGAGAGGGAAAGAGAUGCUCUUCUAAGCUUCAAGACUGGCCUAAUCGAUGAUGAGUUUGAUGAUCUCUCGUCGUGGCAAAACAACGAAUGCUGCGAAUGGAAUGGUGUUGAGUGCAGCAACGCCACUGGCCACGUCAUCGCCCUCAAAGUCAAUGGUGCCAUAGUAAAAGAUAGCGGUAAGAUGGCCUAUUCAUUGCUUGAGUUGCAUCAUUUAAAGUAUCUUGACCUCAGUGUGAAUGAUUUUGGAUGCAUUCCGAUCCCGCAAUCCAUUGGUUCCAUGAAACAAUUACAACAGUUAACUAUUGUGGAAGCUAACCUUUGUGGGAGUGUCCCUCCUCAGUUAGCGAACCUUACCAACCUACGCAUACUUGAUCUCUCAUAUAACUUUUUGAGUUCUAUAUCUUAUUUUACACUUGUUUCUGUAUUGGAAUCACUUGAAAUAUUGAAGUUGUCUUAUAAUAAACUCAAUGGGUCGAUUCCGGACCUAAAAGCAUUUCCUUCACUGAAAGAAUUGCACCUUGGACAAAACAACUUUACAGGCUCUAUUCCUCUGAGUAUUGGCCACCUCUCAAAGCUUCAGCUUCUAUAUCUUUCCUUCAAUUCGUUGGAAGGUUUAGUUCCUCUAAGUAUUGGCCAACUCUCCGAGCUUCAAGAUCUAGAUCUUUCGUAUAAUUCAUUGGAGGUUUAUAUUUAACUAGGUGCAAUGUGGGCCCAUAUUUUCCAAAAUGGAUCCGAAGUCAGACGAAUUUGUCAAUCCUUGAUCUCCGUGAUGCCAAAAUAAGAGAUGAAGUCCCAAGGUGGUUGUGGAGUACGUCUACUUUAUUAGUCUUUAAAUCUAUCCGACAAUCUAAUAAGUGGCACAAUUCCGAAUCUCUCAUCUACCUCUAUCUUGUCUAUGGAUGUUAGUUACAAUCAAUUCUCAGGACCUAUACCAUUAUUUCCUGCCAACGCUACUGAUAUUCUGUUGAGUGGAAAUAUGUUCUCCGGUUCAAUGUCAUCCAUUUGCCAAACUAUCCACAGUCAUCUUGAAUACAUUGACCUAUCAAACAAUCAGUUGGCGGGAAACGUUCCCAACUGCUGGAAGAAUAUACCCAACUUGCACUCCCUCAAUUUGGCUAACAACAAUUUUUCUGGUGAAAUUCCCGCCUCUCUGGGCGCUUUACAUAACCUUGGUGCACUACAAAUGCAUGGUAAUGAGUUAUGUGGUGAGUUGCCUUACAGUUUGAGACUGUGCCAAGCAUUGCAAAUGAUUGAUGUUGGAGGGAACAAGUUAACAUGGGAGAUCCCCACUUGGAUUGGCCAACUCUAUAAAAUGCAAAUUCUAAACCUUCGUUGAAAUAAAUUGCAUGGCGAGAUUCCUCUCCAAAUAUGCAAUCUUACUAGCAUUAAAGUCUUGGAUAUGUCGAUAAACAAUCUAUCUUCAAUAAUACCUGAUUGCUUCAACAGUUUUACUAUCUUGGCUAGUAAGGAUUCCACAUUUUUUGAUCUAUUUCUGUUUGAUCCAAUAUACAUUAUCAACGAAAAGAAGCACAAUGGAUAUUCAUCAUUUCAAUGGAAAGGUAAGGAAUCUGAAUUUUGGGAUAAUCUCGCACUUCUCAAACUCAUUGAUUUUUCUAGCAAUAGAUUGACCGGAAACAUUCCCAAAUCAUUUUCCACUUUGAGAGGUUUAAUUUCCUUGAAUCUAUCAAGAAAUAGUCUGAAAGGAUAUAUAAUUCCGGAUAUCGGUAAUAUGGAGGUGAUAGAUUCUCUUGAUCUAUCUCAUAACCAACUCUACGGCAAGAUACCUACAAGUUUGGCCGAAAUACACAAUCUUGGCUUUCUUGAUUUGUCAAACAACAAUUUGUCUGGAAAAAUUCCUAGUACUCAACUUCAGAGCUUCAAUGCAUCGUCUUAUGCUGAGAACGAUGGACUUUGUGGC